AUUCUCCCCGCACUGCAGCCGCCAUCAUGUCAGACACGGACAGCGACGAAGAUUCGGCUGGAGGCGGCCCAUUUUCUUUAGCCGGUUUCCUUUUCGGCAACAUAAAUGGAGCGGGGCAACUGGAGGGGGAAAGCGUCUUGGACGAUGAGUGUAAGAAGCACUUGGCAGGCUUGGGGGCUUUGGGUCUGGGCAGCCUGAUCACUGAACUCACGGCAAAUGAAGAAUUGACUGAUGGUGCCUUGGUAAACGAUGAAGGAUGGAUCAGAAGUACAGAAGAUGCUGUGGACUAUUCAGACAUCAAUGAAGUAGCAGAAGAUGAAAGCAGAAGAUACCAGCAGACAAUGGGGAGUUUGCAGCCCCUUUGCCACUCAGAUUAUGAUGAAGAUGACUAUGAUGCUGAUUGUGAAGACAUUGAUUGCAAGUUGAUGCCUCCUCCACCUCCUCCCCCUGGACCAAUGAAGAAGGAUAAGGACCAGGAUGCUAUUACUGGUGAAUCACCUCAGUCUUUAAUACAAAUACACACUUCCAACUCAUAUCUCUGGAGAGAAUGUUUCAGAAGAUCUGGGGUAAAGGCCAGGAAUUCAAAAAAGUACCCAGUGUCUGAGGAUGGAGAAGGCAUCAUCUUGCCCUCCAUCAUUGCCCCUUCCUCUUUGGCCUCAGAGAAAGUGGACUACAGUAGUUCCUCUGACUCAGAAUCUGAGAUGGGACCUCAGGAAGCAACACAGGCAGAAUCUGAGGAUGGAAAGCUGACCCUACCAUUGGCUGGGAUUAUGCAGCAUGAUGCCACCAAGCUGUUGCCAAGUGUCACAGAACUUUUCCCAGAAUUUCGGCCUGGGAAGGUGUUACGCUUCCUACGUCUUUUUGGACCAGGGAAGAAUGUCCCAUCUGUUUGGCGAAGUGCUCGAAGAAAGAGGAAAAAGAAGCACCGUGAGCUGAUACAGGAAGAACAGAUGCAGGAGGUGGAGUGCUUGGUAGAAUCAGAAGUUGACCAGAAGUCUUUGUGGAACUACGACUAUGCUCCACCACCUCCUCCAGAGCAGUGUCUCUCUGAUGAUGAAAUCACAAUGAUGGCUCCUGUGGAGUCCAAGUUUUCCCAGUCAAGUGGAGAUAUAGAUAAAGUGACCGAUACCAAACCAAGAGUGGCAGAGUGGCGGUAUGGGCCUGCCCGACUGUGGUAUGAUAUGUUGGGUGUCCCUGAAGAUGGCAGUGGGUUUGACUAUGGCUUCAAACUGAGAAAGCUGGAACAUGAACCUUUGAUGAAAUGUAGAAUGAUGGAGGAGUUUAGGAAACUUGAGGAAAGCAAUGGCAGUGAUCUUCUGGCUGAUGAAAACUUCCUGAUGGUGACACAACUGCAUUGGGAGGAUGACAUCAUCUGGGAUGGGGAGGAUGUCAAACACAAAGGGACAAAACCUCAGCGUGCAAGCCUGGCAGGCUGGCUUCCUUCCAGCAUGACUAGGAAUGCCAUGGCUUACAAUGUUCAGCAAGGCUUUGCUGCCACAUUGGAUGAUGACAAACCUUGGUACUCCAUUUUUCCCAUCGACAAUGAGGAGCUAGUUUAUGGACGCUGGGAGGACAACAUCAUUUGGGAUGCUCAAGCUAUGCCCCGGCUCUUGGAACCUCCUGUGUUGACACUGGACCCCAAUGACGAGAACCUCAUUUUGGAAAUCCCUGAUGAGAAAGAGGAGGCCACUUCCAAUUCCCCUUCUAAGGAGAGUAAGAAGGAAUCGUCUCUGAAGAAGAGUCGAAUUCUCUUAGGGAAAACAGGUGUUAUCAAGGAGGAACCACAGCAGAAUAUGUCUCAGCCAGAAGUGAAAGAUCCAUGGAAUCUCUCCAAUGAUGAAUAUUACUACCCUAAGCAGCAGGGUCUUCGAGGCACCUUUGGAGGCAAUAUUAUUCAGCACUCAAUUCCUGCUGUGGAGUUACGUCAGCCCUUUUUUCCCACCCACAUGGGGCCCAUCAAACUCCGGCAGUUCCAUCGUCCACCUCUGAAAAAGUACUCAUUUGGGGCACUAUCACAGCCAGGGCCCCACUCAGUCCAGCCCUUGCUAAAGCAUAUCAAAAAGAAGGCCAAGAUGAGAGAACAAGAGAGGCAAGCUUCAGGUGGUGGAGAGAUGUUUUUUAUGCGCACACCUCAGGACCUCACAGGCAAAGAUGGAGACCUUAUUCUUGCAGAAUACAGUGAAGAAAAUGGACCUUUGAUGAUGCAGGUUGGCAUGGCAACCAAGAUAAAAAACUACUAUAAGCGGAAACCUGGAAAAGAUCCUGGAGCUCCAGAUUGUAAAUAUGGAGAAACUGUUUAUUGCCAUACAUCUCCUUUCCUGGGCUCUCUCCAUCCUGGCCAGUUAUUACAGGCAUUUGAGAACAACCUUUUUCGUGCCCCAAUUUAUCUUCAUAAGAUGCCAGAAACUGACUUCCUUAUCAUUCGGACAAGACAAGGUUACUAUAUUCGGGAAUUAGUAGAUAUUUUUGUGGUUGGCCAGCAGUGCCCCUUGUUUGAAGUUCCUGGUCCCAACUCUAAAAGGGCCAAUACACAUAUUCGAGACUUUCUCCAGGUUUUUAUUUACCGCCUUUUUUGGAAGAGUAAAGAUCGGCCACGUCGGAUCCGAAUGGAAGACAUAAAAAAAGCCUUUCCUUCCCACUCAGAAAGCAGCAUCCGCAAGAGGCUAAAGCUUUGCGCUGAUUUUAAACGCACAGGGAUGGACUCAAACUGGUGGGUGCUGAAGUCUGAUUUUCGUUUACCAACUGAAGAGGAGAUCAGAGCUAUGGUGUCUCCAGAGCAAUGCUGUGCUUAUUACAGCAUGAUAGCUGCAGAACAGCGACUGAAGGAUGCUGGCUAUGGUGAGAAGUCCUUUUUUGCUCCAGAAGAAGAAAAUGAGGAAGAUUUCCAGAUGAAGAUUGAUGAUGAAGUUCGCACUGCACCUUGGAAUACUACAAGGGCCUUCAUUGCUGCCAUGAAGGGAAAGUGUCUCUUGGAGGUGACUGGGGUGGCAGAUCCCACAGGAUGUGGUGAAGGGUUCUCCUAUGUGAAAAUUCCAAACAAACCAACACAGCAGAAGGAUGAUAAGGAGCCUCAGCCAGUGAAAAAGACAGUUACAGGAACAGAUGCAGACCUUCGUCGCCUUUCUCUGAAAAAUGCCAAGCAACUGCUCCGUAAAUUUGGUGUGCCUGAGGAAGAGAUUAAAAAGUUGUCCCGCUGGGAAGUGAUUGAUGUGGUACGCACAAUGUCAACAGAACAAGCCCGCUCUGGAGAGGGGCCCAUGAGUAAAUUUGCCCGUGGAUCAAGGUUUUCUGUGGCUGAGCAUCAAGAGCGUUACAAAGAGGAAUGCCAGCGCAUCUUUGACCUACAAAACAAAGUUUUGUCAUCAACUGAAGUCUUAUCAACUGAUACAGAUAGCAGCUCAGCUGAAGACAGUGACUUUGAAGAAAUGGGAAAGAACAUUGAAAACAUGUUGCAGAAUAAGAAAACUAGCUCUCAGCUUUCACGUGAACGAGAGGAGCAGGAACGGAAGGAACUACAGCGGAUGCUACUGGCAGCAGGCUCAGCAGCAGCAGGAAACAAUCACAGAGAUGAUGACACAGCUUCUGUGACUAGCCUAAACUCUUCUGCCACUGGCCGUUGUCUCAAGAUCUAUCGCACAUUUCGAGAUGAAGAGGGAAAAGAGUAUGUUCGCUGUGAGACUGUCCGAAAACCAGCUGUCAUUGAUGCUUAUGUGCGCAUACGUACCACAAAAGAUGAGGAAUUCAUUCGAAAAUUUGCCCUUUUUGAUGAACAGCAUCGAGAAGAGAUGCGAAAAGAACGGCGCAGGAUUCAAGAGCAGCUGAGGCGCCUUAAGCGGAACCAGGAAAAGGAGAAACUUAAAGGUCCUCCUGAGAAGAAGCCCAAAAAAAUGAAGGAACGUCCUGACCUAAAACUGAAAUGUGGGGCUUGUGGUGCCAUUGGGCACAUGAGGACAAACAAAUUCUGUCCCCUCUAUUAUCAAACAAAUGCUCCACCUUCCAACCCUGUUGCCAUGACAGAGGAGCAAGAGGAGGAAUUGGAAAAAACAGUCAUUCAUAAUGAUAAUGAAGAGCUUAUUAAAGUUGAAGGUACCAAGAUUGUUCUGGGGAAACAGCUAAUUGAGAGUGCAGAUGAGGUUCGUAGAAAAUCUUUGGUGCUCAAGUUUCCUAAACAGCAACUUCCUCCCAAGAAGAAACGGCGAGUUGGAACCACUGUUCAUUGUGACUAUUUGAAUAGACCUCAUAAGUCCAUUCACCGGCGCCGGACCGAUCCCAUGGUGACAUUGUCAUCAAUCUUAGAGUCUAUCAUCAAUGACAUGAGAGAUCUUCCAAAUACAUACCCUUUCCACACCCCAGUCAAUGCAAAGGUUGUAAAAGACUACUACAAAAUCAUCACUAGACCAAUGGACUUACAAACACUCCGUGAAAAUGUGCGUAAACGCCUUUACCCAUCUCGGGAAGAGUUCAGAGAACAUUUGGAGCUAAUUGUGAAAAAUAGUGCAACCUACAAUGGGCCGAAGCAUUCAUUGACCCAGAUCUCUCAAUCCAUGCUGGAUCUCUGUGAUGAAAAGCUCAAAGAGAAAGAAGACAAAUUGGCUCGUUUAGAGAAAGCUAUCAAUCCUUUGCUGGAUGAUGAUGAUCAAGUGGCAUUUUCUUUCAUUUUGGACAACAUUGUCACCCAGAAAAUGAUGGCAGUUCCAGAUUCUUGGCCAUUUCAUCACCCAGUUAAUAAGAAGUUUGUUCCAGAUUAUUACAAGGUGAUUGUCAGUCCAAUGGAUUUAGAGACUAUACGUAAGAAUAUCUCCAAGCACAAAUAUCAGAGUCGGGAGAGCUUUCUAGAUGAUGUCAACCUAAUUCUGGCCAACAGUGUUAAGUACAAUGGGCCUGAAAGUCAGUAUACUAAGACUGCUCAGGAGAUUGUGAAUGUCUGUUAUCAGACCUUAACUGAGUAUGAUGAGCAUUUGACUCAACUUGAGAAGGAUAUUUGUACAGCUAAAGAAGCAGCUUUGGAGGAAGCAGAAUUAGAAAGCUUGGACCCAAUGACCCCAGGCCCCUACACACCUCAGGCUAAGCCUCCUGAUUUGUAUGAUACCAACACAUCCCUCAGUAUGUCUCGAGAUGCCUCUGUAUUUCAAGAUGAGAGCAAUAUGUCUGUCUUGGAUAUUCCUUCUGCCACCCCAGAGAAACAGGUGACACAGGAAGGUGAAGAUGCAGAUGGUGAUCUUGCGGAUGAAGAGGAAGGAACUGUACAACAACCUCAAGCCAGUGUCCUGUAUGAGGAUUUGCUUAUGUCUGAAGGAGAAGAUGAUGAGGAAGAUGCUGGGAGUGAUGAAGAAGGAGAUAAUCCUUUUUCUGCUAUCCAGCUGAGUGAGAGUGGAAGUGACUCCGAUGUGGGAUCUGGUGGGAUAAGACCCAAGCAGCCACGAAUGCUUCAGGAGAACACAAGAAUGGGCAUGGAAAAUGAAGAAAGCAUGAUGUCCUAUGAGGGAGACGGUGGGGAGGCUUCCCAUGGUUUGGAAGAUAGCAACAUCAGUUAUGGGAGCUAUGAGGAGCCUGAUCCCAAGUCGAACACCCAAGACACAAGCUUCAGCAGCAUCGGUGGGUAUGAGGUAUCAGAGGAGGAAGAAGAUGAGGAGGAGGAAGAGCAGCGCUCUGGGCCGAGUGUACUAAGCCAGGUCCACCUGUCAGAGGACGAGGAGGACAGUGAGGAUUUCCACUCCAUUGCUGGGGACAGUGAUUUGGACUCUGAUGAAUGAGGCUUCCUUUGGGCCUCCUUGGUCAGCCUUCCCUGUUCUCCAGCCUAGGUGGUUCACCUUUCCCCAAUUUGUUUAUAUUUGUACAGUGUCUAAUCAUGAAAUCACCAGAUUAACACCUUAGCCUUUAAAAAAUAGUAAAUGAUAAUCGCCUCUCCUGAUCUUCCUGGGGCCACUGCCACCCUUUGACUUAAAACCAAGCAAUCCUUUUCCAUUUUCCACAAAUAGAAAUAGAGCAAUCUCCUUCUCUAGUGCCCCUCUUUAAAUCCAUUUAUUGCUCUUGGUAUCAUUUUGUUUCCCCUGGGGAAAAAGGAAAAAUUACAAAAGGACUAAUACCUUUAUGUCCUCUUGAUGUGUUAGAAAUUUUCCAAGCAUGGUAUCAUCUCAGCUUUCUAAUUUUAGGCUGUAAUAAGUGACAACCCCCCUGCUGGGACAGCAGAUUUGGUUCUGGUGGACUCUGUACCACACUAAAAACAUAAACCUACUGGACAAACUGCCCAUUAUUUUAUUAUUUAUUUGGUUAUAUAAUGCCUUGUUCCUAAAUGGAUUUGAGGCAAAUGAUUAUAAGUCUUUGAAACUGCCUAUUAUGUCAGAAAUGAUAUGUUGCCAUGUAAAUGUGUUCUGUCCCUUCCCCAUCCCUCCCCUGGUGAAAAGGUAGGAAAAUGGUAAGUUUCUUAAGGCAAAGACUGUGUCUUUUGUUUCUUUUCAUGCUUAGGAUAUGGUUCUGUGCAUAGUAGGUACUAAGUUAACAUUUCUAAAUUCUAAAAAUCUCAACAGAUUUGCUGUUGAAUAUAUGUUCCAUUAUAAGCACUCUAUCAGAUCCUUGGGAUGCAAAGGUUAAUAAGACACAAUUAUUUUAGCCAAAGAGCUCACUCAAGUUGUGGGAGGGGAUGGAAUUCUAAACUUGUUAAUAUAUCAUUACAGUUCUGUCAGAUUAGUGCAAUUAAGGAAUUAGAUAUAAAGUGUAGGGGAAAAUAGAGGAGUGAUACUGUUUGAAAAAGUCAGAGAUGUCUUCCUAGAGGUAAUUUUUAAGCUAUUUGUUGAAGAAUUAGUAGAAGCUUGCCAGAUGAAAAAGACAGGCAGACUGUAACGUAAAGUGAAAAGGCCAAAAUCUAGAAAUGGCAGAGUGUGUUCCUAGUUUGUUUGUUUGUUUGUUUGUACCUGCCUUGUUUCAGAGAGAAUUUAAAGUGGUUUAUGUUAAGUCUUUCAGUGCUGGAAUGGCUAGGGAUGAUACUAAAAGAUGGGCAGAAAGCAGAUCAUAAAGAGCUUUGCAUUUGAUAAUGCUCAUGAGCGAAUCUCAUAUUAUGGGGAAUGAGGAACUCUGGUGGAGUGAUAUUAUCAGAUAUGUGAUCUAGAAAUUUUCUGUCUUUAGAAUGAAGAAAUGGAAGAAUCAUAUGCAACGGACAAGUAUGAUCCCAUUUUUGUAAAAGACAAAACUGUAUAUAUUUUUUAUGUGUUUAUAUAUGCUUGUAUAUGCAAAGUCUAAAAGGAUCUGUGCUAAAUUGUUAAUAAUGAUAACUUCUGGGAUGUGGGAUUGGAGGAGGGAUAUAUGGUUGUAUGUAUACUGGGAGGGGAAUUGUGCUUUUAUUUCUGUAUUUAAAU